CUUAACUCUUCCGCAUGAAGUCAUUUCCGGUUUUUGAGAAAUGUCAAAAAUUUCCAAAAAAAUUUAGUAUUUAGAAAAUGUUUUUAAAAGAACAAUGGAAUGACUGAACAUUUUGAUGUCUGAGGGAAGAACCACAGCGUUAUGGCAACAGGAGCUCCUCUGUCACUGCGUUACCACAGUGACCAGCUCAACAACAAGGUGGUGUCUGUUAUGAGAGAAUUUUACCAGACAGGGGAGUUCUGUGAUGUCAUACUGCACAUCGGAAAUAUCAAAAUACAUGCACAUAGGAUAGUGCUGGCUGCUUUCAGUCCUUACUUCAGAGAUCUAUUUCAUGAGCCUGACAACAAACACAAAACAGACAUCACUUUAGGAAAUCAUCUACGAGAUGAAUGUGUCCGACAGCUCGUCGACUUCUGUUACUCUAGUAACAUCACUGUGGAUUCUCAGUCGGCAGACAAGAUUCUCACCGCUGCCAACUUCCUGCAGAUCAAAGAGAUUGAAAAACUUUGUAUUACCUUCCUGGCAGCUCAACAAGCUCUUAAGUCUGAGGCUGUCCAGCAACAAGUACCUCCGGUAUUUGUACCAACCACGAUAACAACUCAGUCCCCAACUCAAGAUAAAACCAGAAGAGAUGGUCUACGUGAGUUUGCCUGUGCUGACACAUCAGGGAUUGGCAGUAGCAAUACAAGUCCACGUCAGUCAUCAAGGCCAAGUUCAGUACCGAGCGGUAAUGGCUCAGUAAUCAUACAACCACUAGAAGACAAUGACCUUGAGCAUGUAGAGGUCAAGAAAGAGCAGGAAGAAUCCCCUACAGAUCAACCAUUUUUCACACCAAGUAGUUCCUUCUCAUGGAGCCGGCCAGACUAUGAUAAUUUUCGAUCAGGUAUACCUACUUUUCCUGGAUUUCUGUUUCCACCAAUUGGAAGUGCCUUUACCUUGCCUGUUACAACCUCAGUACAACACCAACUUCUUAUGAAAGCUCUUACCAAGAAUUCUCCAAGCUCCGGCGACCCAGGGGAGGUAAGGGAAGGAUUUCUGGGGAAAUAUGGGUCUACAGCCCAAACAAAAGAGGAGAUAAAUCAGUCAGACACAGAGGAGAACAACAACAGUGAGACGCCCUCCUCACACCAGUGUCACAUUUGCCUUAGACUUUUUCAGAAUCUUUCUACCUUAAAAACACAUGUGAUGUCGGAGCACCGUGAAGUUUUGACUGCUCCCGCCCUUUCACCUUACAAGAUGAUGUCUCCUGUACGAAAAUUGUCAACAGAGAGUUCAAAUCAAGCCAGUUCUCAGGCUCAGAAAGAUACCGAGGACUAUGGUGGUAGCAACAUGUGUGGAACUUGCGGGAAGUCAUUUCGUGAUCCGCAGUCCCUAAAGUUCCAUCGAUACAACCAUGUUCUGCGCUAUCAGUGUAACUACUGUGGAAAGCGGUUUUCCCGUAGUUGGAACCUUCAUCGACAUCGGAAGACGCACUAUCGUCAACUCCAAGAGGCUGGCCUAGGAAACGAUGACGUGCAUCCAAUAGAUGUUGACAACGAGAGCACAAAUCAAACACCGACUCCGACAUAUGAAGUGGAAAAAGAUCUGAUUCUUACUUCACCGUAUGCAGACUACCGGAAUCAUAGGCAUGACAUGAUGCCAUUUGCGUUUGACAUGAGGAAGAGUGCGCCAUCAUGUACAUAUGGUCUUGAUGAGUCUAAAGAUACUGAAGGAGACAUACCGAUGGAGGAUAAAUCAGGUGCAGACAAGGAUUCUGAUGUAGCAGAUAAGGAACAAAACAAAACUGAUCCUUAAUAUUUGUAUCUUUCUAGGAAGGUAAUCUGACAGUUGAAUGUUAAUAUCAGCAUAGGUUUUUUUUCCUAUGUUUCAGAUAAUUUUCUAGAAAAAAAAACAUAGGUAGGAUUUAUUGUACCAUGCCAAAAGUAAAUAAGCGGUGAAAAUGAAAGAACAAAGAUUUUUAUUGUUAAAACUAUUGGGUCUUGUUAUAACUAAUAUAUAUAUUAAAGCAAAGAUUUAAAAGUUGGGAGUGUUAAUUAUAUUGGUUAUUUGGACAAAAAGAGUGAUGACAUAUACCUCUAUGAUGAGGAAUUUUGUUUGUUGUUGUUUUUGCUAAUAAUACAUCUGAAAAGAUGAAACUUUGUUUUAUCAUCGUUUGGAUAUAUUUUUGAACAUUUACCUCAUUCUGUUAGUUCAUAGCUUUGUUAAGGCCAAAAUAUGAUCGUGUUAAAACUCUUGUUCACCACUGUUAUCUUCUUAAAACUAGAAUGUUUAUACAGCAGGUAGUUAAUAAUUGAGUGACUAUUUAUGUAAAGUCAAACAAAAAACUAAAAAUUUCUUGUAUGUUGUUACAUUUGUACUUGUUUUUUUUAAGCUUAUUUUUAGGUCAGUUCCUCCUAUAUAAUGAUGAAAUAUAUAAUUAUUAAUACAUGAUUUUUAAAGUAUGGUAUAUAAGGUAUGUGAUAAUAUUAUUUAUUCUUGUUAAACAUACGGUAUGUGCAAUGCUGUUAUAUUUUAUUACAAGUUAAUUAAGUAAGAGAUAUUUAAUUGCAAGAAAGUUACAUUGUGCAUUAUGAUAAGACAGUGUGUGUUAUGAUAAAUUGUUUACAUAUUUCCUCAGCAGUAAGCCAUGACAUUACAGGUUUAAUGCUAGAAUUACGUUAGCCCUUGUUCAUUUUGUGUUAUAACAUCUGUAGAAUUCCUCAGGAUAGGUCGGAUAGCAAACAAUUCCUUGAGAUUCUGCAGAUGUUAAACCAUGAUCCGUUAAGUCAUAUUUGUUUCAGCUGCAGUUAUUUCUGAAAAAAUACAACAGUAGAAUUUGGAGAUUACAAAAUCUUACAGAAAUUACUGAGUAUCAUUUACAGGGCCACAACUGAAAAAUAAUGAGUUCUUGAUUAAAAAUUUCAUGGUUAGCAGCAUCAUCCAUGGUAUUUAGAAUUUGCAAAACUUGAUACAAACUGUUAUUCAUGGAUAUUUUGAAUUUGUGAAUGAUGAUCUUCACGAUGGUUUUAAUUAAUGUCAUAAUUGAUUUAUGAUCAGUAUCUCUCUAGUUGAUUUGCAAUUGAUGACAAACCAACCUGAGGUAUUUAUAUAUUUGAAGCAUUAGAUUAAACAAGUUUUUAUGAUUAAUUCCAAGUUAUGCCAUGUGCCGACAGAUACAACCAGUUAACUUUGAUUUUAAAUAUUAUAAGAAGUGCUAGAGUAUGUACCUAUAUAACUAUAUUGUAUACACAAACACCUACGCUGAAACACAUUACCUUCAGGUUUGAUAAAGGUUCAUUGUUAUGUAAAAUGCAAUUAGUAAUAAAGUAUGUAUUAAUUUUUGAUGCUGUAUAUGUUAACAAGGUAUAAAAUGUUGAGAACAGAUGUUGCAAUAACAUAUUUUGUGUAAUAUAACAAAAUUUCUGAUGGAUACAAAUUUCUUGUUAAGUUUUAUUAUUGAUUAUACACUAUUACAUGGACUGUAUAUUGAAUAUACUAAACAUUAUGUGUUAUGUAUUUUGAUGCAUUUCUGUACUAUGAACAAUAUAAUGAGAUAGAGGACUUUCGAGUACAGGGGUGGGUUGGUGUAGAGAUAGGGAUCAUGCUUCCUGUAAAGUUUUUAUCAGAUAGUUACACAAGAAACUCACAGAAAAUAAAUUCACAGUACUUUUUGUUCUGAAGUUACAUUUUGCAAUUUAACUAGAUAGAAAGAUAAACAAGAAGGAAUGGAUGAACUGGCAUUUGUUCAUAGUGUGAAAGUAAUGAAUUUGAAAUAUAUCAGCAUAUGGUUGGGGAAAAAACUUAAAAAGAGAGUUUUCAGCGAGUCACAGGUUUCACUUAAGUUGUGUGCCUCUGUUCUAUGAGAUGCAUUUAUGAGGCACAAAAAAAGAAAAGAUUUUGACAAAAAGCUAUUAAAGUAAAAAGUAGUGGUUGCUAGGUACUCAGGCCUGUUGUGUUAAUAAAGUCAUAUUUUUCUUUGUUUCUUCGUUUAUACAAUAAUUGUUUUAUGCUUUCUUUAUUUUAUCAUUACUUUUGUCAUAGUUGUUAUAUUUUAGUAGAAUACUCUUGAGAUAUAUGUAUCCUAAUUUAGUUGCCUUAUUGCAAAACUAUUGUAACUGUUCUGUUAGUUCUACACUGUUACAAUAUUUUUGCGAUAAAAUGACAAUAUUUGUGUUUGUCUUGUUAAAAAUGUUAUUGUUUUCUGUGAUAUAAAUUUUGCAUUUAAUCAUUCUUUAAUCAUUUAAUGAUUUUAAAAGUGCUUUUUUUCAAGUGAUAAUUAUGUUAAUUGCAGUUGUUGCAGAUUUGUUUUUAAAGCUUUUAAAAAACCCAGUCUGUUAUUCAUUUCAUUAUAUUUAACUAGCAGAACAUAUUGAUCCACAUGUUAAAUAUGCUGGUGAUGUUAAGAUGAAAAUGACCACAGAGAUCAAAAAUUGUUAACCUUUACCCUGCUAUAUUUCUAUAAUUUCUAUAAUGAACUUGUCUAUCAUUCAAUUUGGGCAAUACCACUUGUCAUUCAAAGGGGUGUUCACUGAAAAUUUACUGACUGAAUAGCGAAUAGUGCAGGCCAUGAUCAGCCUGCACGGAUGUGCAGGCUGAUCUUGGUCUGCACUGGUUGCAAAGGCAAAAUCAUUUGCUGCCAGCAGGCUAAAGGUUAAAUAGGCUUACAUGGUCGCUCCGUGUUUGAAAUUGCUGCUUGUAACAUACAUGGCAAAACAUUUUGAAAGUUUAAAGCCUUCUUUUAAAACAUGAAACUUAAGCUAAUGCUAAUAUUUCAUAUGAAAAUCAGGCUUAUAAGUGGUCUUUAGAUUGUUAAAAUAUCCUGCGUUCUUCCUGUUUUCCAGAAAGUACUAAAUAAUUGUGAAAAUCAAAAAUACCCUGAAUAUUCCUAAUAUAAAAGACAUGUACUUGUUAAUUUAUUUAUAAAUGGUAUAAACUAUAUUAAAGAUAUUUAUAUAUUUACCAAUAGAAAUAUUUUGAUGUGCUGCUAUGUUGUCCUCAGCAAAACUUGGAGCUGUCACAUGGACUUAAAAGUUCUUAACAAGAAAACGUACAAAACAUAUUUGAGGGGUUUCAACAGUAUCAUCACAUUUUGGAUCCAGCCUCAGAAAAACAUAAGCUUAUCCUAUUUUUUUUAAAAAGUUUGUAACCCCAAGAGAGACCCUAAAGAUCUAAAUUUUCCCUCUAAAGUUGGUCGACUUCAGUCCUAAAAUUAGCUCUUAAUUUUGUACUGUUUGAAAGCCAGGAAAGUAUAAUACUAUGUAUGUUUACAUUAUGAUCUAACUUUGUGGUUGUUUUCAUCUUUACUGAAUAGUAUGUGUUAAAAAAUUGUUGUUAUUCCUUAAAUGUUAAGGAUAGAAGAAAGUUACUUUGUACGAUGUUUAUGUUAUAAGUUCUUGCCUUACAACUGUAAAUAUAUACCUGUAUGUGAUGUAAAUAGUUUAGUUUACAGUAAGAAGGAUGAAGAUUUAUAUAGUCUAACCUAGGUACAGAACAGCGACACUGUAGUUGUUUUCAGAAGUAUGUGUAUAACCUGAUAUACUGUACAGUAGAAACUCGGUAUCUCAAACUCGCUUACCUCGAAAUUCCGCUUAAGUCAAAGAAAUUUUCAAGUCCCAUCAGAUUUCCUUCUUUAUAUAUGUAUUUCAAUUUAGGUUACGUCAAAAUUUGACUUACCAAGACUCCAGAUGUGUCGAAAGGGCUUUUCAGUCCCGUCAAUAAAAUUCUAGUGCAUUUUAAACUCAAUAGUCGAAGUGAGAAAAAUAUGUGUUAAAAUUUCACCCAUGUAGUUGUGAAUGUGGUUGGUUUUUUAACACAUGUCUAUGUUUAUUGCCUAACCAGAAAGCCGUGAUGCCGACAUAUCAAAGGUGCUGCGAUUAUCAAAGUGAGAUGAUGUCAUACUUGUUUGCCUGUGCCAUAAUGAUAAUUGUUUGAUGUAAACAUUAGAUUUCUUUAAUCAGCAGUCAUUUGUUUUUGAGAAGUUCUGAAAAUUGCUUUUAAUUUAAAGUUAUAAAUAAAUUAGUUUGAACAGUUGGGAUCUUUAAAAGGAUUAAUUAGAUGUACAUUUUGUAAUCACGAUAAGACUGUAUAAAAAUUAACUUCUUGGGGGAAAGCAUCAUUCGUUCAAUAUGUCAGACCGAAAGGCUGUCAAUUAUCCAAGAGAGAAAUGUGGUACAAAAAGAAAACUUUACUCAAAAACAUUUGAGGUUAGUAUCAUUUAUUUUCAUUCUUCGAAAAAUUGAUACACAAACUGUAUGGAAUUGUGUAUGCGUAAAGUGCCGACAACUUACAAGGGGCAUCAAGGAAACAGUUUUUAUUUUUUGUUAAAUCUUUUCGUAAUGUGUACUCAUUUCAUUUCUAUACGUUCCUCCUCAUAACUCGAAUUUCGGUUAUCUCGAAAUAAAACUCACGGUCCCUUGAAAUUCGAGAUACCGAGUUUCGACUGUAUUUUCACUUAACUAAAAUGUUGCAAAUUUUAAAUGCAGUCUUAUUUUGCGAGAUUUAAUUUUUAGGAAAUUUUGUAUAAUAUUAAAAAAUGCUGAAUUUCUGAAAGGUUAUUACAGUGACAUCAUUUGUUGAUUAUGUCAAAAAAAAAAAUACAUGAAAUUUCAAAACAAUUUCUUUGUAAUUGAAAUAACCACACAGUGGCAGUAAGUGGGAGCACCAUGUCAUAUGGGCACAUACUUAUUUUUUUUCGUAUGGUUAUUGGUAACAAACGUUAGCUGUAGUCACAUUUUUUCGAAAGGCUUGUGGCUGCAAAUGUUUUAAUGUUUUCUAUGAACAGAUCUUGAAACACACUAAGUGAUGUCAUAUGUAAACAAUUAGACAAAAUGUGAAAGAUCGAAUCUUCAGUAUACGACUAUGAAACUCUAUAAGAACACAAACAUUUUUUAUGCUGUAACCAUUUUUAGCUCGACUAUUCAUAGAAUAGUAGAGCUAUUGGACUCGCCCAUGCGUCCGCGUCGGCGUCGGCGUCCGCGUCCGCGUCCCGAUUUGGUUAAGUUUUUGUAUGUAAGCUGGUAUCUCAGCAACCACUUGUGGGAAUGGAUUGAAACUUCACACACUUAUUCACUGUGAUAAACUGACUUACAUUGCACAGGUUCCAUAACUCUGUUUUGCUUUUUUACAAAAUUAUGCCCCUUUUUUGACUUAGAAAUUUUUGGUUAAGGUUUUGUAUGUAAGCUUGUAUCUCAGUAACCACUUGUGGGAAUGGAUUGAAACUUCACACACUUAUUUACUGUGAUAAACUGACUUACAUUGCACAGGUUCCAUAACUCUAUUUUGCUUUUUUACAAAAUUAUGCCCCUUUUUCGACUUAGAAUUUUUGGUUAAGGUUUUGUAUGUAAGCUGGUAU